CUUGUUCCAUAUUAUUAUGUUUUUGAUUUUAUUAUUUUCGUGAAAUAGUUUAUCGCGGCGGUCGUUAAAACGACGGCCAUGACUCGRCUCGACUCAUGUCUCGUGGUAAAAUUACUCGGUAAUCGCCGAUUAUAAACAAUUUAUAAAAAACUGUAAUUGGAUUUGGAUAACUCUGUUGUUCGUGAUAAUUAUAUUUUUAUCGACGUUUUCAGACGUCGUAGAAUUGUAGACGAGUAAAGUAAAGACGUAGAGUUCAGUGGCAACAGAGUCGAAACAAAUUAACAAACAUUAUUAUGUCGAAAGAUAAUGGAAGAAUUUCUGCCAUUCGCUGAAUGUUGAAUUAGCGAUUUGCUAUUCAUUUGGCGGAGUACUAUUAUAAUACUAUAGCUGGUUUGAACAGUAGUUAUUGAAUAAGAAAAAGAUUUUGAUAAUUAUUUUAAGUGUGAUGGAAAAAAGAGAGUGGCCACUAUUUGUGUAUGGUGGUCUAUCAUCCUGUAUUGCUGAAUUUAGUACUUUUCCUAUUGAUACAACCAAGACUAGACUGCAAGUUCAGGGGCAAUUGGAUGGACAGUUUAAUAAAAUUAAAUACCGUGGAAUGGUAGAUGCCUUUUGUCAGAUUUAUAAACAAGAAGGUUUUUUAUCACUUUAUUCUGGAAUUAGCCCAGCAUUAAUACGUCAGUGUACAUAUGGUUCACUCAAGUUUGGAACAUAUUACACAUUAAAACAAGCAACUAAUGAAUAUUUGAAAGUGACCSAAGAUGUAGCUGUAAAUUUUGGAUGUGGUAUAUGUGCUGGAAUAAUAUCUGCAUCUAUUGCUAAUCCUACAGAUGUACUUAAAGUCAGACUUCAGGCUUUAGGUCGAGUUAAAACUGGAAUUUUUUUAGAUACUAACGUUUUUAAAUGUUUUCGUUACAUUUAUGCACAUGAAGGACUCAGAGGUCUGUGGAAGGGAGUUGGACCAACAUYGCAAAGAGCUGCAAUUAUUGCAGCUGUUGAGUUGCCAGUUUAUGAUUAUUGCAAACACAAAUUGAUGGAUGUUCUUGGAAAUCAUAUUGUAAAUCACUUAAUCUCAAGUCUUAUAGCUAGUUUCGGAAGUGCUGUUGCUUCUAAUCCUAUUGACGUAAUCAGGACUAGACUGAUGAACCAAAAGCACAAUAGAAAUGUUGAGCUUGUUCAACAACAUAUCUAUAAAGGAAGCAUUGAUUGUCUAGUAAAAACUGUUAGGUAUGAAGGAGUUGUAGCACUGUACAAAGGUUUCAUUCCCACUUUUGUUCGAAUGGGACCAUGGAACAUAAUAUUUUUUGUGAUUUAUGAAAGACUGAAAACAAUAUAAGUUUUUAGCCUAUAUAAUUAAAAUAAAAUAGAGUAUCCAGCAAGUUAAACUUACUAUUGUUAUCACCUAUUUUACAUUUAAGUAUUAUAUUAUUAAUGGAAAUAUAAAAAUAUAAGAUAAUUCUGAGAAUUUAA